AUGUUCGCACGUCCCGCGCUGGGGGGGCGGGGAGAGUGGUGUGAGAGCGGAGGUGAGCGCUGGGGACGGUGGCGGCGGGGGUACGGGGGGCAUGGAGCUCCCGGGGCUGAGGGGGGCCUGGAAUCCCAGCCGGUGUCUGUGGGACGCGGGGGUCCCGGAGCUCCGGCCGGGGCUGAAUGGGGUCUUGGAAUCCCGGAGCUCCGGCUGGGGCUGGGGCGGGUCCGGGAGUCCCAGAGCUCCGACUGUGGGUUUUGGGAGUCCUGGAGCUCCGGCGGGGUCUUGAGGGGUGUCCUGGAAUCUUGGCUGGGCCUGGGAUGGGAUCCUGGAGUCCCGGAGCUGGGGCUGGGGGGGAGGGGGUCUAGGGUUCCUGGGACUCUAGUGGGGUCUCGGGGUGGUUCCUGGAAUCCCCGAGCUCUGGCUGGGGCCGGUGGGGUACUGGAAUCGUGGAGCUGCAGUCGGGACUGGGACGGUCCGGGGGUCCUGGGGCUCCGGCCGAGGGUGGGGAGAGUGCGGGGUCUUGGGGCUUUGGCCGGGGCUGGGGGUGUUCUGGAAUCCCGGCCAAGCCUGGGAUGGGGUCUCAGGGGUCCCGGAGCUUUGGCCGGGGCUGGGAUAGGUUCUGGGGUUCCUGGUGAUCUAGAUGAGGCUGGGAUGGGGUCUGGGGGUCUCGGCGGGGGGUGGAGGUUCCUGGGGUCCCGAAGCUCCGAAUGGGGCUGGGAUGAGAUCCUGGAACCCCGGAGCUUUGGCUGGGGCUGGUCCGAGGGUUCUGGAAUCCUGGCCGGGGAUGGGCUGCGGUCCGGGAGCUCCGGCGGAUCUUGGGGGAGUUGUGGAAUCCCGGAGCUCUGA